UGCCAACUGGCUGGUAGUAUCUGUCAGCUGUCUGCACACUGUUUACCCAUAGGGGAUCUAUUACAAGUGCUCAAAUGAUCGGGCAGCUUAGAAACUAGCAGCUUCCUGGGAGCUGCAAUUACAUAAGCAUAUAUUUUUAAUACAAUAAUAAUUCAAAAACAAGUAGCAGCGGUAUGCCUGGAUCAGCUACAGCUUUCCGGCAAGAGAGGCUGAAGAAGACCAAUGCAAGGCCAAUUCCCCUUGGUUUAUUCACCAUUAAUGAGGAAGAUGAACAGCAAAAGAAUGGAAAUUCCAGAAGACCGAAAGCGCCUGACAGCUACAAAGUACAUGAGAAGAAAACUGCUGCCUCCAACCGGCCGCCCUCUGCUAUUUCAGGACAAAAUAGCAACCACGCAGGAAAUAAGCCAGACCCUCCACCUGUGCUGCGGGUUGAUGACCGGCAGCGACUGGCCCGGGAGCGGCGUGAGGAACGGGAAAAGCAGCUAGCUGCAAGAGAAAUACUCUGGUUAGAAAAAGAAGAGCGAGCCAGGCAGCACUACGAAAAGCACCUGGAAGAGAGGAAGAAGAAGUUGGAAGAGCAGAGGCUGAAGGAAGAGCGGAGGAGGGCUGCUGUGGAGGAAAAGCGAAGGCAGAGACUAGAGGAGGACAAAGAGCGCCAUGAAGCUGUUGUACGACGUACGAUGGAAAGGAGCCAGAAACCAAAACAGAAGCAUAACCGAUGGUCAUGGGGAGGCCCUCUCCAUGCCAGCCACAGCGUUCACAGUACAGAUCCAGACAGGCGGUCAGUUUCCACCAUGAAUCUUUCGAAAUAUGUUGAUCCCGUCAUUAGCAAGCGGCUCUCCUCUUCAUCUGCAACUUUACUAAAUUCUCCAGAUAGAGCUCGCCGCCUGCAGCUCAGCCCAUGGGAGAGCAGCGUUGUUAACAGACUGCUGACGCCCACGCACUCGUUCCUGGCCAGGAGUAAAAGCACAGCUGCCUUGUCUGGAGAUGCAGUUAUCCCCAUUUGUCCUCGUUCAGCAUCUUGCAGCCCCAUCAACAUCAUGCCCUACAAAGCUACACACUCUAGAAAUCCGAUGGAUCGAACAAAAUUCUUAGUAACACCGCACGAUGGCUCUGCGCGAAGGAGGACUAUUCACGGCACAGCGGGCCAUAAAAGAGAGAGGGAGAGAGAAAACGCACCCUUCCACCGCACAUCCGGCAUCCGAAGGGCUUUGUCUCCAUCUCAUCCCAAAGCCAGAUCACCAGCUUCCCCCCGACUGUGGCUCCCAUCCAAGUCGCUUCCUCAUUUGCCUGGCACGCCCAGACCUACAUCUUCCUUGCCUCCCGGACCAGUCAAAGCUACCCCUGCUCAGGUCCGGCCCCCAUCCCCUGGCAACAUCCGCCCUGUCAAGAGGGAAGUCAGAGUGGAACCUGAGAGAAAAGACCCCGAGAAGGAACCUCAGAAAGUUGCCAAUGAGCCCCCACUAAAGGGUCGAAUACCUCUAGUGAAGGUGGAAGAAGCCACAGCUGAAGAGGGGACGGCUGGGGAAGCCGAGGAUGCCUCUGUUGUUCCAGCCCCAGCUCCAGCCCCAGCCCCCACUCCAGCCUCCGUCCCAGCGACAGUCCCAGUACCAUCAUCAACUGUGACUGCCAGUGCUUCUCCUAAGACCUCGGCAGGCACCACCGACCCAGAAGAGGCCACAAGGCUGCUUGCUGAGAAGAGGCGGCUGGCCCGAGAGCAGAGAGAGAAGGAGGAAAGGGAAAAGAGGGAGAGGGAAGAGCUUGAAAGACAAAAGAGAGAGGAAUUGGCCCAAAGGGUGGCUGAAGAGAGAAGUCGCCGGGAGGAAGAAGCCCGCCGGCUGGAAGCGGAGCAGGCCCGGGAGAGGGCCGAGCAGCUGCGGCGGCAGGCGGAGGAGCGCGAGCAGCGCGAGCGGGAGGAGGCGGAGCGUCUGCAGAAGCAGAAAGAAGAAGAAGCUCGUGUUCGUGAGGAAGCCGAGAAGGCCCGGCAGGAACGGGAGAAGCAUUUCCAGAGAGAAGAGCAGGAGCGCCUGGAGAGAAAGAAGCGACUUGAGGAGAUUAUGAAAAGAACCAGGAGAACAGAAGCUACAGAUAAGAAAACUGUUGAUCAGAGAAAUGGAGAUAUAGCCAAGGGAGCUCUCACUGGAGGAACAGCAGUCUCUGCACUUCCCGGUAUGAUGAACUCUCCAGGAAAUGGAGACCCAGCAGCCAGCCCACAUAUGGUUACCUCACACCAAUCAAAAGUGACUGUGGAAAGUACUCCCAAUUUGGAAAAACAGCCAAAUGAAAAUGGAGUCUCUCUCGAGAAUGAAAAUUUUGAAGAAAUCAUAAACUUACCUAUUGGAUCUAAGCCAUCCAGAUUAGAUGUCGCCAACAGUGAGAACCCAGAGAUUCCUUUGAAUCCAAUUUUGGCCUUUGAGGAUGAAGGGACGCUUGGGUCCCUGCCUCAGGUGGAUGGUGUUCAAACACAACAGACUGCAGAAGUUAUAUGAGUGUUUCUUCUGAAGAACCAAAGCUGAAAUUUAAUAAGAAUUUCUACAAUUAAAGAAAUUCCUUCUAUGCUGUAAAGGAGCAUCCCCCAUCCUCCAGUGUUCUAAAGAUUUCUGACCAUCAUUUUGCAAAGACUUUAUUAAAACCAGCUAAAGACAACAAACUGGAUAGCUUUUCUAAUAAUUUUCGCCAAUAGAAAAAAAGAAAUGCUCCUUGUUCUUCCGUACUUUAAAAUGGCUUUUUCCAGAGAGCUCCUUUUAGCAAAUCAAGUUGUUGUUGUUUUUAUUCUAUGUAAAAGAAAUGGGCUGACUUGGCAUGACUUUCCACAUAGAUAUUUUGAUGUUUAAAAGCUAGCAGGUAAAAUUGGCACAAAAAAUUUACCUUUUACAAUACAAUACUUGAAAAACAAGUACCUCUUUGCUCUACAAGUAGAGGGAGUAGGAGAGGUGUUUAAAUUAAGCCUGUUUAUUUAAAUAAUAUUGCAAAGAGCUCUAUCUGUAGAGACAAAUUAUAGGCAGAUUACCAGGUUCUUGUUAAUGCAACUUGUACAUGGACGUUCUGCAAACCCAGCAGUCACAUUUUUGCAUCUCUUUUUCCAAAGGCAUACUAAACAUUUUUUAAAUGUGAAGGGGGGAAAAAAACCAUUAUUUUUUCAGAGCAAGAAAAUAAUUUACUGUCCUCUUAAAUACUGUAUUUAUAAAGUUUUUCCAGAAAAAUUAAUCAAAUAAAUUAGAGUAAUCUGACAACAGUGCAGAUUUGAUUUAUUAGAUUCAUUCCUUAUGUUACCAUGAGAGAAUGUUACUGAUGAUUCAGGGUUAUUUCCAAAGUCUGUGUAUUGCUGCUGUCCCCAGUGAUAGUGGGACUUGUCUUUGCCUUACCUGAUGACAAAUUAUGUUGAGGGGGUGGGGGGAUAAAGGCUUACUAUUUCUUUAAAUAAAAAAAGAAUUUGGUUUUGCUCGUUUAAGAGCAAUGAAAAAAUGAUGGGAUGUUGACUGUGUUUGGCACACAGGACACUGCAGGACACCGUUAUGAAUGUCCUUCUGCGUGGCAUCCAUCAGCUUUCACUUUUCAUUCUUCACUUUUGCUGCUGAGCUUAGCUGUACAAACUUGCACUUUCACUUACUAAUAUAAAUUCCAUUUUAUUUUACCAUUUGAGAGGCUACGAAUAACUAAAUAUUGAAGAAGAGUGAACACAUGUGUUUAUGUGGAAUGUAUAAAAAAGUAAACUUCUACCACUGUAGUGUAUUGGUUUUUAUUCAAAGAGAGGUUGGUUAAUCUAGAUUGAAUGAGAGACUAUUCAUAUAUUGGACUAUUUCCUUAAAAUCCAAGCAUAUCGUCUUUAGUAAUACAGUAGCUGUAAUUUGUUAAAACGUUAAUUUGGGGGUUUUCCCUAUACCCAAUUGUCCAUGUACACAUAAUCACAUUAAAAAGAUCUGUUCAACAAA